AUGGCCUCACCCUCCGCAAAGGACCCCAUCACCUGCCACGUCCUCGACACCCAGGCCGGUCGCCCCGCCCGUGGCGUCCGCGUCCGCCUCGAGGGCCCCGUCCCCGCCCCAGCGCCCGGAGCCAACCCGCACACCCAGCCCCAGCCCAAGACGUUCGAGUCCAUCACCGACGACGACGGCCGCGUCCUGGUCUGGCUGCCCUACAGCUCCGCCGACUCGGCCGGCGAGGUCCCUGUCUACACCCUCCUCGACGUGCUCGACGAGCGCAAGGGCCAGGGACCCUCGCGCUGGACACUGCGCUUCGACACGGCCGCCUACUUUGGCGAGGAAAAGACCUUUUUCCCAGAGGUGACCAUCACCUUUCGUGUCGAGGAGGGGCAGCACUACCAUGUGCCACUGUUGUUGAGCCCAUAUAGCUAUACUUCUUACCGCGGAAGCUAG